CAAGUUACACAACCAAUCUUCAGCCACCUAGCCAAAGCAAUCUUGUCUGUAAAUCCCUUCUAUAUUUAGUUCCAGGCCAAGACAAGCACACAAAUGUCGCGCUAUAACGGACCAAUAGCAACGCAGUAAGUGAGUGAGUGAGCCACUCAACUAUUCACAGAUUUAUGUAGUUUAGUACACUGAAGAAUGUUCUCUCAAGACUACUCUCCUUUUUCAAUGGCGAAACCGAGUACACGUCACAAAUCCUCUCUUUCAGAUGGCUGUAUCUUUCUUGCUGGAGCAUUUGUUGCUCUCUUACUCGUUUGGUCUGUCUCUACUUUUUUUACGUCUAUUCGGAGUUUUGAUACCCUUUCCGAAUCAAACGCUGCAAGUGAUCGACAACAAGGCGGCUGCGAUAUGGGAGGUGUGAAUUUACGAUACGAUCCUCCGGAAGAGACGUUCUACGACGACCCACAGUUGAGUUACACCGUUGAGAAGAAAGUUGAAAACUGGGACGAGAAAAGAAAGCAGUGGCUCAAGUCCCAUCCUUCUUUUGCCGCCGGAGCGGCAGAGAGGAUUGUUAUGGUAACAGGAUCACAGCCGUCGCCGUGUAAGAAUCCCAUCGGUGACCAUUUACUUUUGAGGUUCUUUAAAAACAAGGUUGAUUACUGUAGAAUCCAUGGCUACGAUAUUUUUUACAACAAUGUGUUACUCCAUCCGAAGAUGAAAUCCUUCUGGGCCAAGAUUCCGAUAGUCAAAGCAGCGAUGCUGGCUCACCCGGAGGCCGAGUGGAUCUGGUGGGUGGACUCGGACGCGUUAUUCACGGACAUGGAGUUCAAGCUUCCCUUACACAGAUACAAGAACCACAACGUCGUCGUUCACGGGUGGCCUCGGAUGAUAUACGAGGAGAAAAGUUGGACCAGCAUAAACGCGGGCAUUUUUCUCAUAAGGAACUGUCAAUGGUCAAUGGAUUUCCUUCAGACAUGGGCUAAAAUGGGUCCCAUCGGCCCGGAUUACUCGAAAUGGGGUCAAAUUCAACGAUCAACGUUCAAGGACAAACUCUUCCCGGAAUCAGACGAUCAGGCGGCUCUGAUUUAUUUACUCUACAAAGAGAAAGAAAAAUAUUACGAUAAUAUAUAUUUAGAAGGCGUAUUUUAUUUCGAAGGUUACUGGGUAGAGAUACUGCCGACGUACGAUAAUAUCACGGAGAAAUACAUAGAGAUAGAGCAAAGGUCGCGCACGUUAAGGCGGAGGCACGCGGAGAAGGUGAGUGAGUUCUACGGCGCAGAGAAGGAACAGUAUCUGAAGGACGCCGGGAACGGCAGAUGGAGCUGGCGGAGGCCGUUUAUCACGCAUUUCACGGGAUGCCAACCCUGCAGUGGGGACCACAAUCAGAUGUAUUCUGGAGAGACGUGUUGGAGCGGGAUGGUCAAGGCGUUAAAUUUUGCGGAUAAUCAGGUGCUUAGAAAAUAUGGUUUCGUGCACCCGAAUCUACGGGAUUCGAGCUUGGUGUCUCCUGUGCCGUUUGAUUAUCCUGAGGAGGGCCCCUGGGGAUAAAAUAAGGCUUACCAAUCAUUCAAGCUUCCAACUGAAAUACCGAGAAGUCAACGAUUGCUUGCAAUUAGUAGAAUUUUCAAAAGCUCUUUCACUUCAUCAACAUCUGCAUUGCGAGGUUCUCCUGCUGCAACUUUCAGUUGUUUUUUGCUUCCGGAUUUCUGUUUAAUAAGUUUGUAAUGUUUAAAUGCUGAAAGUACCCAGUUAUCCUCUGCCAGGAUUCAGGUUGUUCUUAAGAACAUAUUUAUCUCGCAUGAUAAUUUGGGCGAGUUAGCUUAUAAAAUAUUUCAGCUUCUAAAAUUA